GGAUAUAAAGUCAGAACGUGAGGUGUCUGGAGUCAGAUGAAGAACAAGGGCCGGAUCUCACGCACCCUUCUCUUCGCUGCACCUCUUGUUCCAUUGCAGACUCUCCGGGGGGAUCCUGAAAGCAGCUUCAUCUCGGUGGGAAUCCUGGCAAUUUCCAGCACUCAAGGAGCUCACCUUCAUUCACUCCCGUCUGGUCCCAGCACCCAUCAGCCAUGAUCCAGCUACGGGUCACCCCUGAGAUAUCGCUGGCUGACAGGCCGGUGAAGAUCCACGUCUCGGGCCUAGCGCCUGCCCAGCUGGUGACCCUGCAGUCGUCGCUGACGGAUGAGAGGGGGGUGCACUUCGAGGCCCGAGCCUUCUACCGGGCAGAUGAGGCUGGGGAGGUGGACUUGGAGCAGGCAGCUGCCACGGGGGGCGACUACGUCGGCGUUUGGCCCAUGGGCCUCUUCUGGUUCCUCAAGCCGGAGAAGCUGUUCUACAGGCUGAUGAAACGGGACGUGAGUUGCCCCUUUCGCUUCCAGCUCAACCUCUUUGAUUCCUUCCAGCUCCAGCCCUCAGACAAGAUCCCGCCGCUGGCCACGUGCAUUGUGGAAAGGUGGUAUGUGCGCCCUGGAGUGGAGCGUGUCCCAAUCAAGGAGGGCCGGGUCCGAGGGGCCCUAUUCCUGCCUCCUGGGCCGGGCCCCUUUCCAGGGGUGAUCGACAUGUUUGGUGGGGCUGGAGGGCUCAUUGAAUUCCGAGCCAGCCUGCUCGCCAGCCGGGGUUUCGCAGUGCUGGCACUGGCCUUCUUUGGCUACGACGACCUGCCUCGGGUGCUGGUGGAGGUGGACCUGGAGUAUUUUGAGGAAGCAGCCAACCUGCUUUUGAAACACCCCAAGGUGAGAGGUCCAGGCCUUGGCGUUAUUGGGGUGUCCAAAGGGGCAGAGGUCACGCUGGCCAUGGCUAGCUUCUUAGAGCAGGUGGUGGCCGCGGUCUGGAUCAAUGGGACGGGAUUUAUGAACGGCACGCCGCUGCGUUACAAGGGGGUCCACAUCCCUCAGAUACCCUACUGCCCCGAGCGGUUGCUCAUCACAGAGAUGGGAGCCCUGGACAACCAUCACGUCUUCCGGGACCCCCAGGAUCCAGCCUACGCAGAGGCUGCCAUCCCUGUGGAGAAAGCUCGAGGUGAAGUGCUUUUCGUGGUGGGAGAAGCUGAUCGCAAUUUUAACAGCAAGCUCUUUGCUGAGAUGGCCAUUGAGAGGAUGAAAAGCCAUGGGAAGAAGAACUACACCCUGCUGUCCUACCCCAGUGCUGGACACCUGAUCGAGCCACCGGGGUCCCCACUGUGCAGCAUCUCACUGAUCCGCGGUAGCCCGAAACCUGUACACUGGGGAGGUAAGCCAGAGCCCCACGCAAGAGCCCAGGAGCAUUCCUGGCAGGAGAUCGUGAAAUUUCUCGAGUGCCAUCUUGGUCCCACCAGCAACCUGUAACAGCCAAGGAGUGGUGGGCCAGGCAGCCCCACCCUCUCCUCCCACCUGGGGGAGGCUCCUGCCAUCCCUCCAGCCUGCUCAACACAAUAAAUACUGAGAACACAGCAA